GGUGUAAAAAACAAAUGCUCUGUAAGGCCACAAAUGUGUUGUUAGUUACUGCUGCUCUUUAUUACCUCUUUCUAUUCAGACCCAUUUCUGUUCAUAUUCCAGAACCUUAUUCCAAUCAAAGCAUGGUUGCUAGGGUAACUGAAAGAUCUUGCACCCCCUUGAAGCAUUUUCAUGCUUUUGCUGCUCCCCAACUUUUUUGUACAUUUAAAAGUUUCUCAUAGGUAAGAAAAAAAGUGGCCCAAAAAUGUCAUUGGCAUCCUGCAGUAACCUCCCAUACUCUGCCUCAAUCGCCCUACAACUAUUCAAAUACAUGUGGGCCCCAAUAUGACCGACCCAGAGGGACACAGACUAUAACCCUGGACCCCUCACAACGCGAGUCUAUCACCGUCCGUCACGCCAAACACUGAGCGCUGACCUAUCCAGGGUAGGGACAGAAAACACGUGACUGUGACGCCACCGCGCUGCCUCCCGCGCUCUAGGAACUACCAUAGAGGAAUCAGCGUCACUGCGCAGUCCUGUCUAGGAAUUAGCAGCUACCAUAGAGACAUGCUAAGGAUGCUGGAUUGUUAUGAGUAGCAGUGAGGACGGAUUUCCUAUACUUGUUCAGCACCUCAGCUUCUCCUUGGCCUGACUGAGAAUGUAGGGUGGCCUCGUCCGUGUCAUUGGGUGUCUAUAGGCUGCUUAUUCCUCAGCAGGGCUUGCUUUGCUGUGGUGGAGAUAACUGCACACUUCUGUCUCUCACCUGACAGCGAGUGUAGGAUCUUCCAAGGACUGUGCGAGCUGCCCUUUUCCUUGCAGGAGGCUGCGGAGCUGCUCAUUUCUCCUAUUAGGUGCUGCCCCCUCAACUACCUGCCAGGAGCUGCCCCUCACCUGCCCCUCCCCCUCAUCACCUGCCUGCCAGGAGCUGCCCCUCACCUGCCUGCCAGGAACUCCCCCUCACCUGCCUGCCAGGAGCUGCCUUCACCUACCUGCCAGGAGCCCUCCCCCUCACCUGCCUGUCUGCCUGCCAGGUGCUUCCCCCCUUACCUGCCUGCCAGGAGCCCUCCCCAUCACCUACCUGCCAGGAGCUGCCCUUUUAUUUGAUUGGAGCUGUAAUUUUAGCUCUAGCCUUAACCUGUGUUCAGCUGUAGUUACAUUUUGAUCCCACUGAAGUUGUAGCAAGUGACCUUUAACCCUUUAGAAUGUCAAAUUGCCCUUCUGUUCUAGGCCCUUUAGGCUUCCCUCACAGUCUUGUGUGUUAGAUGGAUUGUAGGCUCCCAGAGGAUACAGCAAGCCUUCUGAGCUGGUUAACUUGCCAGCACAAUUAAAUAUGAUUGUAAUGGAGAGAUAGGAAAGGGUUAGGUGUUCUGAACUGCUGCCAUUCUGCUUGUUGGGCCUGUGUGAGAAACACCCUCUUGCUUCUCUGCCUGCAUAUUUCUUAACUCUUCCAACUUUGUUCAUGCAGUGCUGCCCUGACCUCCAUUUUGUUUCCACUACUAACUAUGAACAGGAACUUCAAGCACUCCAGCAUCCUCAGGAUGGCUCUCAUGGGGGUCGGAGAAGGGGACCCAGAGAAGGUUUCCCGGGAGUCGUUCAUGGUAAGAGCUGUGAAGAUAGCGCUGGUGGUGAUGCUCUACUGGUUCAUCUCUAUCACCAUGGUGUUUCUCAACAAGUACUUACUGGACAGCCCUUCUCUAAAGCUGGAUGCCCCACUCUUUGUCACCUUCUACCAGUGUGUGGUCACUGUUGUUCUCUGCAAAUCUCUCAGUCUACUCACCCAUGUCAUUCCAUCGCACACGGAGUUCCCCUCUCUGCGUUUUGAUCUCAAAGUCCUCAGGACGGUCCUGCCGCUUUCUGUGGUUUUCAUCGGCAUGAUCACCUUUAACAACCUGUGCCUCAAGUAUCUCGGAGUGGCCUUUUAUACGGUGGGCAGGUGCCUUAGUACUGUGUUUAAUGUGCUGCUUUCCUACAUCAUGUUGAAGCAAACCACCUCCAUGUAUGCGCUCAUGUCCUGCGGAAUCAUUUUAGGAGGCUUCUGGCUGGGAAUAGACCAAGAGGGAGCAGAGGGCACACUCUCCUGGGCUGGAAUAUUCUUUGGAGUGCUGGCCAGCCUGUGUGUGUCCCUAAAUGCCAUUUACACUAAAAAAGUCCUGCCGUCAGUAGACGGAAGCAUCUGGCGCCUGACUUUCUACAAUAAUGUGAACGCUUGCUUCCUCUUCAUCCCUCUGCUCUUAAUUUGUGGAGAAGUCGGAACCCUGCUCACCUUUGAUAAAUUGUCUGCCUUUUCCUUUUGGGGCAUGAUGACACUGGGGGGAAUCUUUGGCUUUGCUAUCGGGUAUGUGACAGGGCUGCAGAUUCAGUUCACCAGCCCCCUGACCCACAACAUCUCUGGGACAGCCAAAGCUUGUGCUCAGACGGUACUGGCUGUCAUGUACUACCAUCAGAUCAAAAGCUUUUUGUGGUGGACCAGCAAUAUAAUGGUACUGGGCGGUUCCUUCUCCUACACAUGGGUGAAGGGACUAGAGAUGAAGAAAAUCCAGGGACAGACCAAUCAGAGCCAGAGUAGUGGGGAGAAAAACUCUGUUGGGGUGUGAGACUGUCCAGCCACACAAUGUUGGGCUUUAAUGAACAAGAGGACGAGAUGAAAAUUAAUCUGGUUAUGGUCGGUUGAGGGUGGAAAUCUCGAGAACUUUAUUUGCAAAGUAAAGAAUCCUAACUGCCAUAACCCCGCUUGGAUAUACCUGCUGGAGAAACAUUAGUGUCCUUACUCUUCUAUUAAUUACUGUGGGAUUCCCAGGAAAACCAUUAAGCCUUUAACAGUUCCACCAAUAUGGAUACUGUUUAGUUUUGUAUUAUUAACUUAAUGAGAGGAACCGCUGUGUCUCGUCCGUUAUGUAUGUGGAUGAGAUUUGAUUCAACUACUAGUGUGGCAGCUCUUACCCUUAUAAACAAAAACAAAUGUGUUCAUAUAAAGUCCACAAUGCAGGAAACA